GAUGUAAGAACGGAGGCAAGGUUAGCAAAACAGGAUGGACGGUCGUGCGCUGCGGCGUCGGCUGCUGGGACAGCCGCUGACGCAGACACGUAAACGGUGAUGAUCGUUUGGGGGACAGGUACCCCGGCCUCUUCUUCCCUCCCUGCCGUUCGGGCAGCGGCACACCCCCGGCCGCAGCGCUCAAGCCGUGCUUGCUCAUGUGGAGCGAACAAGGAUGACAAGCUUCAAGUGGUCUUCGUGAGCACGGAAGUUGCUCCAUGGUCAAAAACGGGGGGCCUGGGCGACGUCGUCGCCGCCCUGCCAGCAGCGCUCGCGCUGAGGGGCCACCAGGUCAUGACCGUGAGUCCUCGCUACGCGGACUACCCGGGCGUGUUCGACACGGGGCUGCUAGCGCCGGUGGAGGUGGCGGCAGAACUGCUGCCGCCGCCCCCUCCUCCGCCCCUCCCGGACCCGAUGCACGCGCUGCUCAACGACCCCGCGCUACCACCAGAGCUGCAGCCGCCACAGCAACAGGAGCCGCAGCAGCCGGAGGAGGUAGUCACGGAGCCGAUGGAGCCAGGGGGCCGGCAGGCAGCGGCGGAGGCAGGCGGCGGGACGGGCCCAAGCGCGCGCGGCGGGCCGCCCUGGCUUAGGCUGCCUGCCGAGCGAGGGGGCGGGGGCACUGGAGGAGGCAACAGCUCGAGCAGACGCUUGCGCGAUCCGGGGCGACCGCCAGACGAGGCUGCGGACGGCGGGAGCAGGAGCAGGGGCGCGUUGGGGCGGCGAGGAGCAGGCGGGGAGGGCGCAGCGAGUGGAGGCCAGGCGGCCGGGCCGCAGGGAUCAGGGCGCCCGGGUGGAGUAGGGGCAAGACCAGGCGGGCAAGGAGCAGGAGACAUCGUAGCGCGAGCACAGCAGGCGGUGACUACGGUCGCGGCGGCGGCCAAGGCUGCGGCACGCGCCGCGGAGGCGGCGCAGCCGACACGCGUGACCUACGCGCGGCUGUAUGCCUGCCAGGAGCGUGGCGUGCUGCGGGUGUUUGUGGACCACCCCGUCUUCCGGGCCGGCGGCGGCGGGCAGGGGCCGCCGCCAGGCAGUGGCGGCGGCGGCGGCGGCAGGGGGCGGGACGCGGUGAUGUCGGCACUGGGGGCGCUGCCGCCGCCGGGCGCGGACCCCAGUGUGGGCGUGUACACGUACUCCGAGGGCCGCCUGGGCGGCGCGGACCUGCAGGCGCGCAACAGCGUGCUGUGCCAGGCGGCGCUGGCGGCGCCGGUGCUGCUGUGGCUGGACGGGCCGGAGGGCAUGCCGCAGCAGCUGCGGGACGACCUGGCGGCAUGGGCGGACGAGGAGGACGGCGCAGAGGGCAGUGCACUCCCGCGCCAGGCCCUGCCUUUCGUGCUGAGCAACGGCCGUGCGCAGCCCGCGAUUGCCAUGGAGCCUGGCGGCUCGGAGCGGCUGCGGGAAGCGCUGGAGCUGCGGCAGCGCACUCGCAGCCCCUCCGGCUCGCCCUCGGCCGGCAGCAGCCGCGCCCCCAGCCCCGGCGGCGGCGGACGCGGCGCAGGCGCAGGUGCUGCCGCGCAGCGGGCGGCUGCCGCCGCGACGGCCGCGACGGCGCAGUGGCGGCAGCACCAGCUGCGGCAGCGGACACAGCAGCUGGUGUUUGUGGGCAACGACUGGCCCACGGCGCUGCUGCCGCUGUGGCUGCAGGCGUACCGGGAGGUGGCUGCCUCGGCGCUGUACUGGGGCGCCAUGGUCAAGUCGCGGCUUGAGGCGUUGAGACGGCCGCAAGGAGUGGGCGAGGCGGACUCGCCCGCCGCGUUUGCGCCGUCGUCACCAGACGAGCAGGCAGCUCAGGCCGAGGCGGUGGCGGAGGCUGAGGCCGAGGCGGCGGCUGCAGCGGUUGAGGAAGCGGCGGCGCCGCUCAUAGCAGGUGGCGCAGAUGAUGAGCAAGUCGCGGCGGCAGUAGCACGGGCCGCCCGGGCGGCGGCGGCCUUGUCGGCCGACGCUGCUGCUACUGCCGGCGCCGAGGCGGCUGCUGCCAUGGCCGCGGCCGCAGCGGCGGACGCCGAGGGUGUCGUUGCGCUGGGCAGCGGCGGCGGCGCGCCACGUCCUGGCGCCCCACCCAGCACUGGUCUUCCGCACAAGAGCGGCGACAGCAGCAGUGGUGGCGUUGUUGAGGAGGCUGCGGCAGCGCCUCCGCCGUGGACAGCGGAAGCGCAGCUGCAGGCGGCGCCGUCACCGGCCCGGAUCGCAACGGUCAUGUUGAGCCCGCCGGAGUCAGGGGCUGACUCGGACGAGGAGGUGGGCAGCUGGCACCAGGAGCAGCAGCGGCAGGAGGCUGGAGGAGGUGGGCCUUGGGAAGGUGGUGAUGACGGCGGCAGCCACGUGGGCCCCGAUGGCGACGGCGAUGCCGCCUGGAGUGAUCAGGGAUGGCAACAGCCGCCCACUGCGCAGCAGACUGCGCCCCCACCUCCGCCACCGCCUGCCGCCCCCCCGCCAGACCCCUGGCAGGAGCCGCGCUGGGAACCGCAGCAGCAGCGGCAGCCGGCGUCUCCACCACAGCCACAGAUGCAGCUGUUAGCAGCGUCUGAUGUGCAGGAGCAGCAGCAGCAGCGACAGGGCUCAAUCAACAACGCCUCGGCUUCGGUUGCCGCCGACUCUGGCGCGUCCAUGUCCACCGACCUGGCGCUGUCAGAGGCGGCGGUGGAGGCGGAGCGGCGGCGGCAGGAGGGGCUGUUGCUGCAGCUGCUGGUGUCGCUGCAGGUGCAGGCAGCGGGGCUGGGUCUCCCUGGCGACGAGGAUGUCGGCGAGGACACGGCCGACGCGGCAACAGCCGGAGCGCCCACGGGGCAGCUCCUGGCGCCCUCCGCCGCGGCGGCGCGGGCCGCGUCCGCAGCGGCUGCCGCAGCAGCGAUGCAGGCGGCUGCAGCGCUCGCAAACAACGAUUCAAAGGCGCUCACGGAGAUGGCCGAGGCUGCGGCAGCCGCGGGUGCCGUAGCCGGCGCGGCCCGGGGCCAGCCGCCGGUGCAGCAGGUGCUGAAGCCAGAGCAGCUGCAGCGCCUUCUGCGGGAAGACAACACCGCGGAAUCGGCUGCGGCCGCAGCUGCCGCGGCCAACGCCGCCGCGGCAGCGGCGUCUGCCGCUGAUGAGGCCGAGCAGCAGCGGCUGCGUGGCACGCUCAAGUCCUUCCGGCGCUUCGUGGCGGGCCGCCUGUCGGGGGCCAAGGUCGUGUUCACCGUGCACAACUUCGCUUUCCAGGGCCUCUUCGACGCGGACUCCUUCUACCGCCUCGGCCUGCCGCUGAUCGCGCUGCAGCAGAUGCUUCUGGGCGGCAGCGGAGGCGUGGCCAAGGCAGAGGCUGAGGCGCCGCCGUCAGCCGUGGUGGGAGAGGUGGGCGAGGCGGACGAGGCCAAGGUGGCGGAUGUCGAGGCGACGGAGGUGGAAGUGGAGGCGACCAAGGGUACUGGGGAGGGCAGCGCAGCACGCACCGCUGUGGAAGGCCAUCUGGAGCUGAGCCAGGAGCAGGAGCAGGAGGAGGAGCAGCGCCAGGGCAUGGAGGAGAAGGAGGUGGACAGCGACGGGGAUGAGGGGAGCGGCGGUGCUGGCGGCUUGCCACAACCGACGCGGGGCCCGUCGGGAGGUCCUCGCCCCAGCCCCAGCCCCAGACCAACCAGCUCCGUGGGUGACGGGCCCCGCGCUGCAGGUACGGCACCCAGGCCGGCCCGAGCCCGGCCCGCACCGCCCGUGCGGCCCGGCACCCGCGGCGCCGUGCCCCCGCCGCCUCCACCGCCCGCCAGCUCGAGCUCCAGCAGCACCACCAGCACCCCGACCCCGGGCCCAGCACCGAGCCCAGCACCGAGCCCGGCCCCAGCACCGGCCCCACCGCCGUCACCGGCGCCGACUCCUACCACCGAUGGCGGCGGUGGCCCGCUGUCCUGGCUGCGCGCCGCGCUGCUGGCCAGCGACAAGCUGGUGACCGUGAGCCCCGGCUACGCCCGCGAGCUCACCACCCCGCCCGCUCCACCACCACCCUCUACCGAGGCCCUGCCGCCGGGCGCCACCACCGUGCCCACGCCUGCACCCGCGCCGGCGCCGUCGGCGCCGCCGCUGCCUCCGGGCGUGCCGGCGCGCGGCGCGGAUGAGCUCCUGCGCAUCCUGUCGGAGCGCGGCUUGGAGGGCGUGAUGAACGGCCUGGACUCGGAGGCGGUGUGGGACCCCGCCACGGACCCGCUGCUGUCGCCGCGCAUCCGCUUCGACGCUGCCAGUGUGGCGGUGGGCAAGGCGGCCGCCAAGGCAGAGCUGCAGGCGGUCCUGGGGCUGGAGCAGGACCCGGCGGCGCCGCUGUUUGCGUUCGUGGGGCGGCUGGAGGUGCAGAAGGGCGUGGACGUGGUGCUGGCGGCGCUGACCGACCUCAUGGGGCAGCCGCUGGAGGCGGGAGCAGUCAACCGCUCCCUGGCGGCGGACGUGGCGGCGGCGCGCCGCGCCGCGGCGGAGGCGGCGGAGGCCGCCGAGGCCGCGGCGGAAAUGCAGCGGCAGCGCGAGCAGGCGGCGCGGCUGGCCUGGCGGCUGCCCACGCGUAUGCGCAAGGCGCUUGGGCUGGGCGACACGCCGCGGCCGGCGCCGCCGCCGCGCACCGCCCCCGCCGCCUUCAGCGCCGCGGCUGCCGGCUCCUCCUUCUCCGCGGCCUCGCUACCGCGCGCCCUGCCCGGCAGCCGACCCAUGCAGCUGGCCAUGCUGGGCGCCGCGCCCGACACCGGCGCCGGGCAGCAGUGGCUGGCGGACGGGCUGACGGCUCUGGGCCGCGCCUACCCGCGCCGCGCGGUGGGUGUGGUGGGCCUGGACGAGCCGCUGGCGCACCUGCUGCUGGCGGGCGCGGACUUCCUGCUGGUGCCCAGCCGCUGGGAGCCGUGCGGCCUGGUGGCGCUGGCGGCGCUGCGCUACGGCACGCUGCCCAUCGUGGCGCCCACCGGCGGCCUGCUGGACGCCAUCACCGCGCCCGGUGCCGACGUUGGCGGCGGCAGCGCCAGCGGCGCUGACACCAGCGGUGCCAGCAGCGCCGGUGCGCCCAGCGGCAGCGGCAGCGGCAGCAUCGGAGGCAGUGGCAGCGGGUCCAGUGGGCUGCAGCCGCCGCCGCAGCCGCCUCCGGGCAAGCUGGGGCUGGUGAUGGACCGGCCGGUGGGCUCGGCGGACGACAGCUUCGCCAAGCGCGAGGCGGUGCGGUCGCUGGUGCGCGCGGUGCAGGCGGCGCAGGUGCUGUAUGAGGGCGGCAGCGGCGCCAACUACACGGCACUGCGGCAGCGGGCGAUGGCGGCGGACGUGUCCUGGGGCGGGCCCGCGGCGCGGUGGGAGCAGCUGCUGCUGCAGGUCGCGCGCGAGCCGCCCCGGCAGGGCGCGGAGGGGGGAGGAGGCGGAGGAGGAGAGGAGGAGGAGAAGCUGCCUGGCAGCGCCUGAGGCGACGGGGCACGCGAGCGGUAGAGCGCUUAGCUUUAGGCAAGGCUCGCAUGCCGUACAUGAGUGAGCUCUUGUGAUGAGCACACGUUGUCGUACGUGUGUGACGGUGCGUGUGAGUGCCAUAAUAUUUACAGCUUGAUCUGAUACCUCUAUGCAUCCAUGUACAUGUCGGCGGGAGGGGUUAUAGUUCCAGAUACUGCCACUGUGGUAGAAGGCAGCGACAGGCACAGGCACAGGCUGACAAGUGUUCCCCGGUCACGGGAAAAUGGGCUGAGCCCCUCCACAGUCUGAGGCCGAACAACGUCAUCGCCCGGCUGAAAAGCCGUGUUAAUGAGCCCAAGUCUUGAUUCAGAUGGGCGGUGUGCAAAUUAGCCCGCACCUUCGCGCUGUGGCUAGCACCCGCGGCAUGCCACGUGCAAACAAGACCGAAUUGCUGGGCGGCCAGGGAUUUCAUACAGGGUGUGCGCCUCGCUAUCGCCAACUCGUGCUCCGGCCAAGUCCAAGGUGUCUUGCAAUGACGUGCAGAAUGCGUGUGUACCGUACAUGCCUGGGCGUGCGUGGGACAUUUCUGCAGGGCAAUGCCCGUGCCUGGGUAUCUUUCCCAAUGCGCAUGAGGCCCCCAGUAUGAAGGCAGCUUUGACUGUGCCUGGAGCACGCGCGCGAUGGAGCACCGCUUUCGCGCGCACUUGCCGGCAUGCCAAUAAAUGUGUCAAUGAGGCCGUGGAGACCUGUGAGCGACUCAUGCGGCCCCAAAAUGCCACGUCAGUGCAUAAGCAUCCACCCGUGCGCGCACGUAAAAGUAGGUGGGCGGGGAUUGCCGGGCCGUUUGCUGCGUUUCUGUAUGUGUGCGCACAGAGUGGCAUGGCGGGCCUGAGCAAGUGUGCACGCGCGUAGACUGCCAAUCGCCGGAUGCGAGCGGUGUUGGCGGCGGGCCGGGCUGCAGUACGCUGGGUUGCAGUCAGUUGUCACGUGGGUCGUGACGCGAUGCAUCGCAUGAAGCCGUCGGCGUGUCAGCACCUGCCAGAUUGGGUGGGCCGGUAUGGCAGGUGUGUGGAGCAGGCAGGGUGGCCCACCCUCUCCAGUCGUGUGUGGGCUCGGAUGUGGAUGCGCAAGGAAGUACAGGGGGGCCAAGAGCGCCUGCAAGGUCGAAGAAUUUGGGAAUGAACUCUUGCUAGUGAAAGAGACGAUAAUGUGUUGGGCGGGUCGGGUGUACUUCUCCAUGCGCGUGAAUCGCGCCCGAGUGUAUAAUUGGUCAGCUUGAGUAACGGCGGUGGUUGCGCAUAGGACGGCGGGAAGCAGGUCGCGAAAGUCGAGGUGUAUAUGGUUGCCCUGUGCCUGCUGUGCUUGUGAUUGACAGCGGGACGCGGCUAGACACAGCGGGCGGUGCCUGCACAAAGUACAAACCGACCCUGGUUGUGUCCGGGAGAUGAGGUAGUUUCGGUGCCUUCGGCAUCAGACAGUGGCGUGGGCGCAGCCCACUUUUCCAUUGAGAGGAGAGCGCUUUUUAUCGCGCUUCCAGGGCCUUUGUCAUGCGAGAGACAUAAGAGAGUAGUGCUGCAUUUCGUUGGUUCACGGGAGAGUGGUGUACGUUUGUGAGGACGCCAAGGCACGCGUCCAUACUAGAGCCGACAGGGUAUUUGAUGCUGCAUGUGAGUGACCGCCUGCCCGUGCGGCGCCUCCGCAACCCUUGGAUAUUGCGGCCACCGCCGCUUAUCCACGUGGGUAGGGCGUGCGCGCGAAUGAGAGGGGGCGGGACGCCAGCUUGCACAGUGGCGUGCAAGUUUGCACGCAUGGCGGGCUGGCACCCUGAAGGAGUGAGUGUAACAGGAUGGUGCGCGAGAGCGAGCGUAAGAGCGGGAGCCGGGCUACCGUUACUGCAGGGAACGCGGCCGCUGGCCAACCCACACGGCGUGCGAGAGGGCCCGAUGCAGCUCUGGAUAAAGAGCUAUGAGCGCGCUGGCCAGAUGGUGAAAUGUAAUUGUGGCUGAGA